AAAAGAUCUUAUCCUCAGCCCUAAUGAUCAAUCUUCCUCAAAGAUACCGUUCAGCCAACAGCCAAACAUCGCAACUUCGAAAGCAACAGUUAGUUUGACAAGCAUUUGAUAGUUAGUACCAGGUACCGGUACCAGGUACAGCCGUAUCACCAUCAUCACUAUGUUGUCUGCCGCCAGCAGUGAAUCGUUGCGCAAGGAACUAGAAGCAACUUGGCAAUGGAGGAUUGACACCGAUCCCGAAUUGGCAGCUGCCUUGGGGUUUCUCUCACAGCGACGAUCGACGCAUUCGUUGGAUCCCCGAUCGCUGGAAUCCUUUCGGCAACGAGAAGCUUGGUUGCGCCAAGCGCUGCAGCGGUUGGAGACCCAUGUGAACAGAGACGAAUUAGCCAAUGACCAAGAAAAGCUGUCGUAUGAUCUCUACCAAAAGCAAUUGGCGGAUUAUGUCACAUUUACGCCCAAGCACAAGGCAUAUCUGUGUUGUGUCAAUCGACUUGAAGGACCUCAGACAGAUCUACCUCUGUAUGCUCGAUACUUGCCCGUCAAGACAACCGCUCAGCGACGGUUUUACAAAUCGUUUCUACAAGCCAUUCCCAAGCAGUUGGAAGAAGUCAUGGACUUGCUACGGAACGGUUUGCUAGAAAACAGGACACCGGCCAAAAUCUCUUUGGAAGGGGUGGUGGAGCAGGUUCGGUCCAUGGUGGACAGUGGUCUUACAGCCUUUUCCGAUCCAUUCCAAGAUGCCUUUCCACAAGAAGAAAAGGAUCAAGAGACAGAAUGCAUGGGUCUCGUCAAUGGAGCUGUUCAAGAGGCAUUUACCAAAUUUGCAGACUUUUUGGAAAACGAUUACAUACCCAAUUUGCGGGAAGAAAUCAGUGCUACCAAAGGAUAUCCCGAUGGCGCUCAAUACUAUGCCGACUGCUUGGAGUUUCAUACGACAACAAACUUGACUCCCGAGCAAGUCCAUCAGUUGGGAUUGGAUGAAGUGGCAAGAGUACGAACCGCCAUGGAAUCCAUUGCAUCAAAAGACGGAUUCGACGGAAAGCUAGACGACUACUUGGAGCAUUUGAGAGUGACACAAGACUACACGCCACAAUCUCCACAAGCCUUAUUGGCACAUUUUCGAAAUCUUGUCGGCGUCAUUGCCCCCGCGAUGCUCAAGCUCUUUCAUGUUACUACCUUGCCCAGAAUGCCGCUUUCGAUUGUGGAAACGCCGCCAGCCAGUGCUCCCAUGGCUCCUGCUGCUUACUACUUGGCUGGGUCCUCGGAUCGAGCCGCUCCACGUCCUGGAACCUUCUAUGUCAAUACUUCGGAACUCGAGACGCGAAGAACGUAUGAAUGUGAAGCAUUGACGCUCCACGAAGCAACACCGGGACAUCACACACAAGCUGCCAUCCAGGGUGAGGCAGACAUUCCAGAUUUUCGCCGCUACCAAGAAGAUCGCCGUUAUUUUGAAGCACCCUGUCGUUUCCCAUUUUACACUGGAUACAUUGAAGGUUGGGGGUUGCACUGUGAAACGCUUGGCGAAGAACUGGGUUUGUACCAACGACCGUCCGAUCGCAUGGGACAGCUGUCCAUGGAGGCGCUCCGGAGCUGUCGAUUGGUAGUAGACACUGGCAUGCAUGCGCUGGGAUGGACCAAGGAUCAAGCCUUGAAAUUCAUGUUGCAAAACACAGCAAUGGGGGAACACGAUGCAGCCCAAGAAACGGCACGGUACAUUACGUGGCCCGGUCAAGCGACAGCUUACAAGGUCGGCGAACGCUUUCUGUUCCGGUUGCGAUCCAAAGCCGAAGCAGAGCUAGGAGACAAGUUCGAUCCGCGAGACUACUACGACGUCGUCCUGACGUGUGGAGCCGUUCCUCUCGAUACUCUCGAAGCUCUUGUGGACCAAUAUAUUGAACAAACGAAGCAAGGGAAACAGCAAGAGAGCGCCAAACAGGCUUCGAAUGAAGCGACGACAACAGGCAUGUCCGCGGACGCGGGCUUUUUGGAAUCCAUGACCUUUGCAAAUUGGUGCAAGUGCUGCGUAGUCCCAGGAUCAUGCCAAACGGCUUGAAGUUGACGACAGUGGAGUUGCGGGGAAUGGGCUCUUGAAGGGGUUCCUUUGGUUAGUUACCAGCAAGUGGAGUAAAUCUUCCACUUUGAGUCAUGCUUCCGAAUUACUCAAUCUUCCAUAUUGUGUCAUUCUUCCAAAUUACAUCAUCACUGGUACUGAUUUCUACGCGUUUUUACGUAGAUCCUUUCCAGAUUGCGUCAUUCUUCCAGAUUGUGUCAUUCUUCCAGAUGGUGUCAUUCUUCUAUUUUCAGUCAUUCUUCCAAAAGAAAACAGUGAACUGCCUGAUGAAGAUGUAAAACAGGUAUUCCCGCAACUCCAGUCGUCACGAUGCGCUUGCACAAACCAGAAACAAUGUGCUAAUAUGUGCUCACCAGAGCGGUCUGCAGGUUGAAGACGAGCUCCGUGCAAGGCGCGGCAAUAACACGAUGAUUUAGAAUGCCCCGAUUCACAUCCCCGAGAGUAGCCUUCGAGCAACUAGGACUCAUAAAUCAAUUCAGUUGCUUCCGUAAUGAUACCAGGUAAACACAGACCUGAUCAAGGCAAAUCUGAACGAUGGACGCCUUGAGGUCUGUUGUUGUAGCCAAACGAACGGAACAGGAGUCCGCUUAGGCAUUGCUUCCUGCUCGGUUUUCCUGGAUUGCUGCCUGGUAGUUAGCUGCUUGCUCGAUGGCUCUGGCCUCUUGCGUUUGCUUGACUGCUCUGAUGUUGUGUUUUCCGUCUCAAAGAUGCUACCAGGUGGGCGCUGAGAGAGUAGACUAGCCUAAAGGAACUAGAAUGGAUUUUCGUACUGGU